AUGGGCGAGAUCAAGCUGACCCCAGAAUUUGAUGAUCGACAGACUCACCUAGAGUCUGAGCAAUACAACUACCAGCCCUAUGAAUACCAGACAGAAAACAACGACUCGUGGGCUGGUGCUCUUCCGGUGAAGCAGGGGUUGUAUGAUCCCUCACUCGAGAAAGAUGCGUGCGGUGUGGGCUUUGCUUGCCACAUCAAGGGCAAGGCUAGCCACAAGAUCGUCAGCGAUGCGCGAAACCUUCUAUGCAACAUGACCCAUCGUGGUGCCGUGGGAUCUGAUGCGCGAGAUGGUGAUGGUGCUGGUGUCAUGACAUCCAUUCCCCACAAGUUCUUUGUCAAGAACUUUGAGCGUGAGGAGGGCAUUAAGCUUCCUCCAUUGGGACAGUACGCUGUGGGCAAUCUGUUCUUCAAGCCUGAUCCAGAGACCCUGCAAGAGUCCAAGCGGCAGUUGGAAGAUAUUGCCGAGUCCUUGGGCUUGAGAGUCCUCGGGUGGCGAGAGCUUCCCGUGGACUCCACUCUCCUUGGUCCGGCUGCUGCUUCUCGCGAGCCUACCAUUCUGCAGCCCUUUGUGGUUCUCCAGUCUGCCUAUGGCUCUGGGGAUGCUCCUGAGAUUACGGACGCAGACAAGUUCGAUGACAGGCUGUUCGAGAGACAACUCUAUGUCCUCCGGAAGCGUGCCACCCGCACCGUCGGGCUUCAGAACUGGUUCUACAUCUGCUCUCUGUCGAACAAGAACAUUGUUUACAAGGGACAGUUGGCUCCAGUACAAGUCUACCAAUACUACCACGAUUUGGUGAAUGCUGAUUAUGAGGCGCACUUUGCCUUGGUACACUCGCGUUUCUCUACCAACACCUUCCCAUCUUGGGACCGUGCUCAGCCCCUGAGAUGGGCCGCUCACAACGGUGAAAUCAACACUCUCCGUGGUAACAAGAACUGGAUGCGCGCUCGUGAGGGUGUCAUGCAGUCUGACAUUUUCGGUGAUGAGCUCGAGGACCUCUACCCGGUCGUUGAGGAUGGUGGUUCUGAUUCCGCUGCCUUUGACAACGUGUUGGAGCUCCUCACCAUCAAUGGUGUUCUGUCUCUCCCAGAGGCCGUCAUGCUCAUGGUCCCCGAGGCCUGGCAGGGCAACAGUGCCAUGGACCCCAAGAAGGCCGCAUUCUACGAGUGGGCUGCUUGCCAGAUGGAGCCCUGGGACGGUCCUGCUCUCUUCACCUUUGCCGAUGGUCGUUUCUGCGGUGCCAACCUUGACCGUAACGGUCUUCGCCCUUGCCGCUUCUACGUGAUGGAUGAUGACCGCAUCAUCUGCGCUUCCGAAGUUGGUACCAUCCCCGUUGAGCCCGAAAGAAUCAUUCAGAAGGGCCGUCUGCAGCCUGGCCGCAUGCUUCUCGUCGACACUCACGCCGGUCGUAUUAUCGAUGACAGCGAGCUCAAGGCUGCUGUUUCCACCCGUCAGGACUUCAGAUCCUGGCUCGAUGAGAACCUGAUCACCAUGCCCCAUGUCUUGGAGAAGGUUGGCGAGGACAAGAGCGUUGUGCUCGCCGCCAAGCCUGAUGACUUCAAGCUCCAGGAGGACCCUCUUCUGCAUGCUUUCGGCUACACCUUUGAACAGGUCAGCUUGCUGCUCGCUCCGAUGGCCUCUGACGAGAAGGAAGCUCUCGGUUCCAUGGGUAACGAUGCUCCUCUUGCAUGCCUGUCUCAGGCCCCCAAGCUGCUCUAUGAGUACUUCCGUCAGCUGUUCGCUCAGGUCACCAACCCUCCUAUCGAUCCCAUCAGAGAGUCCAUCGUCAUGUCUCUAGAGUGCUAUGUCGGACCUCAGGGCAACCUUUUGGAGAUGGAUGCUUCCCAGUGCGGCAGACUCCUCCUGCCCAGCCCCAUCCUUUCCAUUGAGGAGUUCAAUGCCUUGAACAACAUGUCCAAGCUCUACCCCGAGUGGACCGUCAAGACCAUUGACAUCACCUUCCCCAAGACCGAGGGUGUCCAGGGCUACAUCAACCACCUUGACUACAUCUGCAAGGAGGCCACUGCCGCCAUCGAGGCUCGCGAUCGCAUCAUUGUCCUGACUGACCGCAACACAUCCAAGGAUCGCGUUGCUGUCUCUGCCCUGUUGGCUUCUGGUAUGGUUCACCAUCAUCUUGUUGCCAACAAGUGGCGUUCCAUGGCUGCUCUCGUCGUUGAGACUGCCGAAGCUCGUGAGGUUCACCAUAUGUGUGUGCUUCUCGGGUACGGUGUGGAUGCCAUCAACCCCUACCUUGCGAUGGAGUGCAUCCUCAAGCUCAACAAGGAGAAGCUCAUCAAGAAGAAGCUCACCGACGAGCAGCUGAUCCACAACUACAAGCACUCUGUUGACGGUGGUAUCUUGAAGGUCAUGAGCAAGAUGGGUAUUUCUACCCUCGCCAGUUACAAGGGUGCUCAGAUCUUCGAGGCUCUCGGUGUUGACGACAGCGUUGUCGACCGCUGCUUCCGCGGCACUGCCUCCCGCAUCAAGGGUAUCACUUUCGAGCUCAUUGCUGAGGACGCUUUCCGCCUCCACGAGCGUGGUUUCCCCUCGCGCUACACUGUUGGUGUUGCUGGCCUUCCCGAGUCUGGCGAGUACCACUGGCGUGAUGGUGGUGAAGCUCACAUCAACGACCCCACGUCGAUUGCCAACAUCCAGGACGCCGUCCGCACCAAGAACGACAAGUCGUACGAGGCCUACUCCCGCUCCGAGUAUGAGCAGAUCAAGGCCUGCACGCUCCGUGGCAUGCUCGACUUCAAGUUUGAGGAGACCACUCCCAUCCCCAUCGAGCAGGUUGAGCCCUGGACCGAGAUCGUGCGCCGCUUCUGCACUGGUGCCAUGUCUUAUGGUUCUAUUUCCAUGGAGUCUCACUCCACUCUCGCUGUGGCCAUGAACAGACUUGGUGGCAAGUCCAACACCGGUGAAGGUGGUGAGGAUCCUGAGCGCUCGCAGGUCAUGCCCAACGGCGAUACCAUGCGCUCUGCCAUCAAGCAGGUUGCCUCUGGCCGUUUCGGUGUCACGUCCGCCUACCUUGCCGACUCUGAUGAGCUUCAGAUCAAGAUGGCCCAGGGUGCCAAGCCCGGUGAGGGUGGUGAGCUGCCUGGCCACAAGGUCUCCAAGUCCAUUGCCCGCACUCGUCACUCGACCCCUGGUGUCGGUUUGAUCUCGCCUCCUCCUCAUCACGAUAUUUACUCGAUCGAGGAUUUGAAGCAGCUCAUUUACGACCUCAAGUGCUCGAGCCCUCGCUCGCGUGUGUCAGUGAAGCUUGUGUCCGAGACUGGUGUUGGUAUUGUUGCCUCUGGUGUCGCCAAGGCCAAGGCUGAUCACAUCUUGAUCUCUGGUCACGAUGGUGGUACCGGUGCUUCGCGCUGGACUGGUAUCAAGUAUGCCGGUCUCCCUUGGGAGUUGGGUCUUGCCGAGACUCAUCAGACUUUGGUCUUGAACGAUCUCCGUGGCCGUGUUGUUGUCCAGACUGAUGGUCAGCUCCGCACUGGUCGCGAUGUCGCCCUUGCUUGCUUGCUUGGUGCCGAGGAAUGGGGUUUCGCUACUACCCCCUUGAUUGCGAUGGGUUGCAUCAUGGUAAGUUGA